UUAAAUAAUAAAUAAGUACAUGAAGUUUUCAAUGAGAGGUGGGCAUUUCCAUGCAACUUGUACCUUCUUUGCAUUGGCUUCCUUGCUUGCUUCUGGUGAUGACUUCACCCCUCAGGUGGACUUCUGUGUGGCAAUAAACAAUCCCAAUGGCAAUGGAGCAUAUUUUUCCAAUGGAGAACUCUGCAAGAAUGCAGAAGCUGCGAAAGCAGAAGAUUUCUAUUUCUCAGGACUGGAUGCUACCAGAGAGACUGACAACAGAGUCGGGUCAACCAUAACUCUUUUAUCCACUAAUCAGAUUCCAGGACUUGAUGGUUUGUCCCUGGCGAGAACAGACUAUGCACCAAAUGGCGGCUUAAACCCGCCACACAUACAUCCUCAUGCUACAGAGAUCCUAACACUCCUGAGAGGCAUCCUCCAUGUUGGCUUUAUCACAUCAAGUCCUGAAAACCGCCUUAUUACCAAGACACUACACCCAGGAGAUGUGUUUGUCUUCCCUAUUGGUCUCAUACACUACCAGCUUAAUACUGCCAACAACAGCGCACUGGCGAUAAAUAGCUUCAGCAGCAAAAACCCUGGAGUUAUUACCAUAGCAAAUGCUAUCUUUGGCUCUCAUCCUCCGCAUAACCGCGAAAUACUUGCCAAGGCAUUCCAGUUGAACACUGAUACAAUCAACUUCCUCCAACAGAGAUUUAAGGGCAACCAAUAGCUGCAAACAGCAAACAUUUCUUCACAAACAACAACUCACAUGUCUAUGGCGAACUUUAUAAUAAAU